CAUGGCGGAAUACGAGGCGGUGCAGCGCGGGCCGCUGCGGCUGAAGGGCGGCGGCGCGGGGCCGGGGGCCGGGAAGCGGAAGAAGAAAAAAGCGAAGGACAAGGCCCAGAUCCUGGAGCAGAUCGUGAGCGGCAAGAAGCAGGAAGAGGAGAAGAAGCGCGGCCUGGACAAGCGGACCCCGGCACAAGUGGCCUACGAGAAGAUGCAGGAGAAGCGGCAAAUGGAGAGGAUCCUGAAGAAGGCCUCGAAAACCCACAAGCAGAGAGUUGAGGACUUCAACAGGCACUUGGACACCCUGACCGAGCACUACGACAUUCCCAAAGUCAGCUGGACCAAGUGAACGGCGGCGUUUGGAUGGGGAGUUCUGCUUACAUCAAACUGGGCUGCCGUGUAAACCUCUGUGUUCUUGGUACUGAAUAUUCAAUGCAUCUUCGGAACAUUUAUCAUCUUGUACUGUUGUAUUUCAGUUUCAGAAUACUCAACAAAGUCUCUUCUUGGCUGCUGACUUAUGGAGGUGCAGAGGUGUGUUUUUCAGUGCUCAAAGCCACACUAAGGCCAAACCCAACUGUUGUGAGACAACAGGCAAUGUUCCUCUAUUUGUCCUAUGCCAGCAGGUCUCGUUAGGAGCAGGAUUCUCUGUGGCAGCAUUACGUUGUGUCAGCUGCUCUCAUAAAUUGCAGAACUGUGUAAUUUCUAUCCGAAAUCGCUCAGAGUUGGGGGGGAGUGGUUUCUGCUGUAUUCUAAAACCCUCGUAUCUUUGAUGUAACUUAUUAAAACGCUGCUUUCAGCCA